AUCGGCAUGUAGGGCAAAUCAAACCAUGUGGGACAUACGAACAAACAUGUGGUGUGUUACUUUGUUAUUAAUUGCAGUUGCAAGCUGUAAUGCAGAAUCAUUUGAAUUAAAGACGGCUGAGCUGUCUUCUCAGACUGUCAGUCGAAUUGUAGGCGGGGUGGAGACCACCGUGGAAAGGUAUCCAUUUAUUGUUCAGGUGCUAUACAAUGGACAGUUCAAUUGCGGGGGCUCCUUGCUGACGUCACGGCAUGUUCUCUCUGCGGGGCACUGCUUCGUCAAUAAAUUCGGUUAUGUACUACCAGCUAUCCUCUUUGCCAUUAGGAUGGGCACAACAUUCCUGAACACUGGUGGAUCUCUGCACCAAGUAUCGACAGUGAUAGUCCACGAAUCGUUCAACAACCCGUCCCGGGAUAACGACGUGGCCGUGGUGGUGUUGAGUACAGCAGCUACCCUCAGCUCCAGCGUGCAGUUCGCGGUCCUCGGACCCCGGGGACAGGAGCUACCUGACAACACUUCCGUCACCGCCGUCGGGUGGGGGCUCACUAAUGUGAAUAAUACAAUGGCGUCAACAGUAUUGAAUGAGGUGACCGUACUGAAAGUCAACCGGUCGGUCUGCGAGGCUCGUUACCGCCUCUUGGAGGAGAUAUAUUCUGCUCCGUUCCCGGUGACCAAUAGCAUGAUUUGUGCCGGAAUACUGGAUGUUGGAGGCAAGGACACAUGCAAUGGUGACUCGGGCGGGCCGCUGCUGUACGGGAAUCUGUUGGUGGGAGUCACCUCGUGGAGCUGGGGCUGCGCCGAGCCGACGUGGCCCGGCGUGUACGCCAGGGUCGCGAAUUACACCGACUGGAUCGAAGCUAAGAUUCAGCAAUAUAACUCGGCGACCAUCAGCAGAGUCGGGGCCGUUACUCUACUCACGCCUUUAUUGUUCCUGAUACUCAACUUAUAAAAUAUUACUAGGGAGACGAGUGAAGGAAGGCUUCAGAAGGCUUGGUGAAGUUAAAAUGUGAUAUAAUCAUCGGCACGGAUAUUGAGCCCUGACUUUCACCUGCGCAGAAGCGAUUGGUUUAUUGCCAUAAGUGUACGGUGCGCAAAGCGAUCUCUUCCGCCGAGAGCUCAAUAUCCGUGCCGAUAACUAUACUUAUAUGUACAGCAUGGAUGUUGUAUUUUGGCCAGACUGAAGAAACUUGUAACGUACAAAUUAGAUUUAAAACUGCCAACGAAAUUCGGGUCGCGAUAAUAACACUGGUUAACAUACCUAUUAUUAUUUUUUUUUUUGUGCAAAGGUGAAAUAUACAAUUUCUUGUAGAAUAUUUGAUACAUAAUCGAA